AUGGCUUCUCCCGUGACUACCGCUGGAGCUUUGAGUGCACUUAGCGGAUUCGGAGCUCUCAGCCAUCCCAUCCACCACCAGCACCAGCACCAGCACCAGCACCAGCAACAACAACACCACGUCCAGCAGUCGAACUUGUGCAGCAGCGAGUGUAAGUUAGUAGAAGUGCACGGCGUGAAGGUGGCGAGUUUCAGCGUGGACGGCCAGGAGCUGAUCUGUCUCCCGCAAGUAUUUGAUCUCUUCUUGAAGCACUUGGUGGGCGGCUUGCACACGGUCUACACGAAGCUGAAGCGGCUGGACAUCGCCCCGGUGGUGUGCACAGUGGAGCAGGUGCGAGUCUUGCGGGGUCUGGGCGCGAUCCAACCCGGCGUGAACCGCUGCAAACUCAUCUCCAGGAAGGACUUCGAGGCACUGUACCAGGACUGCACUAGCGCCAGGUAA